GUGAAUUGAUAUUCAAAAUGGCGGAUGGAGCGUCCAAAGAUGAAAAGCCCGACACUUCCAUAAUGAAGAUAUUAAAACACCUACAUCCAGUAACGUUUUAAUCAGUGAAGCAACGUAACCCACAUUCAGUUACCACUUGAUGAAUUUGAUUCGGAUUCUGAAACCAGAAUCUAAAAUGAGCAAUCCGUCAGAAUCUAUCAAGCCUUCCGUGGAUGGCAAUGAAGGGAGCACAGGUGCGCAAACGAAUGGACUGGACUUCCAACGGCAGUCCAUUCCAACAGGAGGGCCAAUUACAACAGCUCAGGCCUUACUAGGACAACUACAGCAGGUUAACUACAUGUCAGAUGUGAUGAACAGAUACUUUUAUGUGCAACUUCCUGGAACAACUUUGCAACCAACUCCUUCACAAACAUUAAAUUUACAGGUAAAAAGUGAGGAAUCGGGGGAUUCUUCGUCCCAGCAGACAACAACUCAGCCUUCACUGCAGCCAUCUUUACAGACCACCCUACCACAGACACAGCUUAUGCUUGCUGGAGGGCAGAUCACUGGGUUAACAUUGACAACAGCACAGCAGCAGUUGUUAAUCCAGCAAGCACAGGCCCAGCUACUGGCUGCUGCAGUCCAACACUCAGCAAAUCAGCAGCAUAAUGCCACAGGAGCAACUAUCUCUGCCACAACAGCAACUCCUAUGGCACAAAUACCCAUCACUCAACCAAUCCAAAUACAAGAUCUGCAACAAUUACAGCAGUUACAGCAACAGAACUUGAAUCUGCAGCAGUUUGUUCUGGUGCAACCGGGUCAUCCAAUCACCACCAACUUGCAACCAACGCAGUUCAUCAUCUCACAAACUCCACAGGGACAGCAAGGUCUCGUACAAGCCCAGAACCUUCUACAACAACUACCUCAGCAAAGCCAAGCCAACCUCCUGCAGUCUCAGCCAAGCAUCACCUUCAGCACGCAGCCAGCAACACCAACACGCACAACUAUAUCAACGGCUCCUAUCCAAUCGGUACAGCAGAGCCAGUCGACACCAAAGCGCGUAGAUACUCCUAACAUAGAGGAACCAAGUGACCUUGAGGAACUUGAGCAGUUUGCCAAGACAUUUAAGCAGAGACGUAUCAAACUUGGGUUCACUCAGGGCGAUGUAGGACUUGCCAUGGGAAAACUCUAUGGAAAUGAUUUCAGCCAAACUACAAUCUCUCGUUUUGAAGCCUUGAACCUCAGCUUUAAGAACAUGUGCAAGCUCAAACCAUUGCUUGAAAAGUGGUUGAAUGAUGCAGAAAAUUUGUCAGUGGACUCUACACUGUCAAACCCCAGUUCCCUGGCUUCUCCAGGUCUGGGAAUCGAAGGGCUGAGCCGCAGGAGAAAGAAACGCACCAGCAUAGAGACCAAUGUUCGAGUGGCCUUAGAAAAGAGUUUCCUGGAGAACCAAAAGCCUACCUCGGAGGAGAUCAUGAUGAUUGCUGAUCAGCUGCAGAUGGAAAAGGAAGUGAUCAGAGUCUGGUUCUGUAACAGACGCCAGAAGGAGAAACGGAUAAAUCCUCCCAGCAGUAACAGUGGCUCUACCACUACCACCAAAACAAACUUUAACAAUCCCACCUCCAUGGUUAGCACUAGUAACCUUGUGACAAGUAGUACACCAACUACUCGGGCUGUAAAUGCAAUGCAGAUGCCUGUGUCCAGUGCCGGUGUAACAAGCUUCAGCAUUUCAGGUACAACUGCAUCAGUGACAGCUUCAACAAAUGUGGCAUCUGUAAUCACUGGCUUAUCUUCUGCAGUUUCCACAUCAACAGUUACUUCUCCAGCUCUAACCCCUUCACCAUCAGCGUCUAUUUCAGUUACUGAGUCGUCCAGCAGCAGUGAUACAAGUACCACACAGACAACCUCAACUGGCUUAGUAAAUCCUUUGUGCACAAGCCAAAUCAUGGUGUCAGCUUCUGGACUGCAGACAGCUGGCACUGCGCUACAAGCAGGAGCUGCACAGGUACCCACUGGUGCUGGGCUUGCUACCAAUCCAAGCCUAGCAGCCAUGGCUGCUGCUGCAGGACUAACUAAUCCUGGCCUCAUGUCAGCCCCUCAGUUUGCAGCUGGAGGUGCCUUACUCAGUCUGAAUCCAGGGAGUCUUGGUGGUGCUCUUGGUCCAGCAUUGAUGAGUAAUAGCACACUGGCAACUAUUCAAGCGCUUGCAUCCAGUGGGACACUUCCUAUAACAUCCCUUGAUGCCAGUGGAAAUCUGUUGUUUGCAAAUGCAGCGAAUGCAGGGGCUACUCCAAACAUCGUUACAGCCCCUCUUAUUUUGAACCCACAAAACCUAUCCUUACUCACCAGCAACCCAGCCGUAAGCCUGAUAUCUGCUGCCGGGACAACUGGACAUGCACCCAGUCUUCAGAUGGCUUCUAUGUCAGCUGAUUCCAGCCAGAACUCUUCAUUCACUGUGACCUCGGCAGGCGGGGCUACCAGUACCACCAAGGCUCAAUGAAACACAAUCCCUGGAGUGGAUCAUUUCAUCCAGUAAUGGGAUGUUUAGUCAGCUGCUUCCUGCAAAAGCAAAACUGAUGUUUGCCUAAAUUUUUUAACUUGCUUGUUUUUCAGGAUUGUGUCACCAAUGACAAAAAAAAGACUUUUACCAAAAAGGAAACACGUGAAUAUUUAUCGUUUCAGACGGUCGUAACAAUAUAGGAGUCAUUAACAAUGCAUAGGCAAGGGUUCUGUCUCCUCUUGGUAUCUAUUUUAUUAGUUCUUUUUAAUUGUGUGUUUAUUUUAAUUAGGUCUGUUGUACAGGCCUCUUUGUUUCAUAAAGGUGUUUAUAUCAUGUAUAAAUAGCAUGGGUUUCUUUAACUGGUACAGUUUAGGCAGGCCUGUACUUGGGAUGCUUGUGCAUCUUUUUUCCUUGUGUAUACUGUUAAAAGAAUUACGUUAAGUUUUUUUAUUUUGUUGUUCAACUAAUGUCUUUUGAAAUGGUUUUCUUUCUUAAAAAAAGUUGUUCCUUGUCGGGUACACUGUAGAUUUAUGCACCGUUUGUAUAAAGUGGUUUACUGUUGGUUAUUUUUGUAGGAAAGAUUCAAAGAUAGAUGCAUUGAGACAAAAGUUCAUGAACUGGUGGUUUUAAAAACAAUAAUUGUUUUUAAAAUUCCUAACGUUUGUCUACCCUACCUAAAUCUAUUGGCUGGGGUAUAUUAGCUCAUGUCAUAUCAUCGGAGAUAUUGAUCCAGUUGGCUGAACUGGAAAUGGAGGCAGUGUUAAAGUCAGUGGAUCAUAAGUAUCUUAUAAUGCUUUUGUCUUUGCUCGGAUACUGAUGUUAGUUGGAACCAUCAUGGGAUAUGGUAGAGAUGAGCAAACUACAAUGCAAAUCGGGCCAGCCAUGAAAGGUCUCCAAUGGGGAAAAUUCAUGACCUAGUUUCUAGAACUGGUUUAUUUAUAGAAACUAGAUAAUAUGACGCCUGUAGAGCUUGUUAACAUAUCUCAUGUUGCUUCAGUUCAGAGUUUGUUUAUCAGUAAUAGAAAUUAGGUUUGCUAUGAGAUGAGAGGCUUACAGUAUGCACAGUAUGGCUUGAACCAUAGCUGUAAGCGUAUUGAAACCAAAAAUUAAAGGACUGGAGUAGAACAUUGCAGUUCACAUGGAGUAAAAAUGGUGCCUGUCAUAUGCUUGGGAAGAAAGGGCAAAUAACUGUACUGCAGCCUCUGUGUCUAUUAGUUAAUAAAUAACUGUUUACUUAGCUACUUUUUUGCUGAGUUGCCCACUGGAAAUAAAUAUGAGGUAAUAGCUUUUUUUCCAGUCAACGAGCACAUAUUUUUUUCUGAUUAACACAUAACUGAUUCUUAAAUAUUAAGAUUGAAUCAAGUGAGUGUCCAUCUGGGUAUCCGUGUACACUGUUACCAUGUUGUUUGCCCAAACUGCUGCACUAAAACAGUAUAAAUUUACUUAAACCAGCUGGGUACUUGAACUAAUUUUGGUAUUGGAUUUGCAUGGUUGCUGCUUGGCCUUUCUGAUGGUAACAAUAACUGGAUGCAAGUAAACCAAUUUGUUAACCUGUUUUUAAGAAAAAUGACAGUCACCAUUUUUGUUCCUUGUUAGUAACUACAUUAAUCUCCUUUUCAAGACAUAAAGAUUGCAGUGUUGGUAGUGUUAUGUUACCAGACUGCAAAUUAAAUAAAUAUAGCUGCCUACCAAAUAUGGACAGCUAUUGAAGCUUGAACCAAAGUCAAUUUUACCUAGCUGCUGUACCAAUGACAUUGUUUGCAUGAGUGCAGUUAAUAGGCAUCAGUAAUUUAGUUGCUACAUUUAAAAGGUAGUUACUAUCUUGUACUUUUUAAUGUCAUUUUUCAGGUAAAAGGAUCUCUAAACAAGAAUUUUAUGUUGCAGAGUUGUAACCAUUUUGUCAAGAGUCUGGUGCAACUAAUUUUCAUUGGGCAAAUCAAAUUUACUAAUGUAGACUGGUGUUGUAUUAUGGAUGUUAGGUUUCAAGAUGUACACUUUCUAUGAGUGCUAAAGUAUACAGAAUCGAUCUUGUGAGAAAUUAUACUGGUGUCUUUAAGAUGUGCUGCUGCAAUGCUUGUUUUCUGUUGAUCUACUAUUUUGACUGGAAGUAGUCAAUCAAAAUUUUAGGCAAAUAUUUCUGUCUUUAUAGUAGAUUAUGGGCUUUGGACCAGUGUGUUUGGAGCACAUAGGCAAACAUAAACUAAAAUACCUUACUCCUUUGACAGAUUCAUUCAGUUCUUUUGGGUCUUUUAAUGGUAUGAAAUAACUACCCAGUUUUUAUUAUUAUCUCCCAUUGUGCAAUGUUGUAACGAUACAAAAAAUGCAAAAAUGUGCAUACUAUCUUGCACCUGGAAGGAGUGAAUGGUACAUCAAAAAUACAAACUAUGCAAUGAAAGUUUUUUUAAGAUGGACCCCAACCCCCUCCCCCUCACAAUCACAGGCGCACGCACAUAUCAUUUUCAAUAAUCAAUUGAAUUAAUGCUUAACGCCAAAUUGCCCUUUCCACAAAAACAUGAUAUGUAUUGGGAAAAUAAAAUUCACAUAAAAAUUGAUGCUGAAUAUUCAUUUAAAAGUGAAGUACAAUUGUCAAGUUGAUCUGUGUUGCAUAUCCACCAGGUAGCAUAGCUAGGGACUUGUAAACAAAUUGGUUUUCCACUUUAAGAAUGAUUUAUGUGGGAAAAAAGUUGGACAGGCUAGUUUCAACAGUUUAGAUUGGUGGUGUUGAAACUACUUUGGUAUAUUUUGGGGAUAGCACUGCAUAAUGCUUUAAGUAGUGUUUGAUUUAAAGACAAAAUGUUAAAACUGUUAAAUUGGAGCCCAAGUAAUUCAGAAGCAGGAAAUAUACCAAUCAAUUUUAUUGAUUGAAUUGAAGAUAAUUUUAUUUAUUAGAGGUAAAAUUGAUAAGGGUUUAUUAAUUUCCCAAUUAAGGUUAGAAAAUGUUGACAUUGACUUUUCACUUAAUUUGAUGUAAACAAAUUUAUUGAAAUAAUAGGAUGGAAAAUAAACAUAACUGAAGAAAGCUAUUUCAUUUCUAAGAGCAGAUAACCAGUUGAUAAAGGUAAUAUAUGGAAUGAUGAAAUUCUCCCAUAGCUUUUUACUUUGCAGUUAACUUUUAAAACCAGCUGAGACACAUUUCUGAAACUGAAUGGUAUUGUACAGUAAAAUUCAACAGUUAAAAUAGGUGUUUUAUUUAGAAACCAAUUAAUUCAGUAGCAGGCCAAUUUGUAAUUCAUUUGAUCCAGCUAAAUAAAAUUUAAUUUCUUUCAGUUUGAUAAAUAUUUAAAUUAAAAGUUGCUAAUUAAGAUGAGAUGAGGUUUGUGUUAAAUCCAAAAGUAUUAGUUACAUUUUGAAAAUUUUUGCUGAUUGUUUUUCCCUUCCAUGAAAAUAUUUUAUUUCAAAUUGCAUUGUAUGUUAGAAUCAUAGAAUUGUUAUAGCAAAUUCAGGAUUUAUAGUGAUUCUAUAAUUCCUUGCAUUAGGACUUUAAAACAAGAAGACACAAUUUUUUGAUGUUAAAGAGCUAACUUUUCAAAUUAAAUAAAGCAAAAUUCCUUAAUCAGAUAGAAAUAAAUUCUUAAUUUCCAUAUACUGUAUUUCAGAAGGAUUACCAAAUUGACGUUUUUAUAAGCAAAUGCUACUCAUCUUCCUCAGGUAGUAGAGCUAAGACUAGAUAUGUAUUACCAUGUUUGCUAAAUUUUCACUGAAGAUGCGUCAAAAGUUUAUAAAGUGAUCUAGACUAUAUGAGACUUUUAUACCUGACCUAUGGCUCCUGCAUCCCAGGGAUACAUUAUUUUCUGUAUAUUCUCUAUAUGCUGCUUGGAUUUCAAUUUUAAUUACACAAAUUGAAAUCAAUAUGCACAGAUAUCUGGCAUAUUUAUAGAGUUUAUCUUUAAUGUUCCUUAUUCACUUACUUUUGGAUCUAGCAUCACUGUCAUUUAUUGCCCAUCAUAAUAGUUUCUUAUGAAAAAGGUAGAAACCUACCUUCAACAGAAUGGCUUGCUAAGUCACUUUUGAGUGAAUUUAAAAGUGAACUACAUAGGGUGGUCCUGGAGUUAAGGAUUGUGUUUUUCUACCCUGAUGGAUGUUAGUAAACCAGAUGAGUUAUUAUGACACUGAUAAUGUUCAUCAUUACUAAGAGUAAUUAUUGUUUUUCCAAAUUCCAGAGUAAUCAAAAUUUAAAUUUUGUUUUUGGCCAAUUGCUUGACUUUAAAACUAUAUUUUAUUGUGUACAUGUACACUUGAUGAAGCCGAAUAAUUUUGAUGUACAAAUUAACACACGCAGGUAUACCUCAUUUUAAGCAUUAGUUUGAGUCAUAGUUAUAGAGACUUUGUUUAGUUUAAUUCAUAAAGCAUGAUCGUGUUUUAACUACCAUUAUCAGCUAAUAUCUAAUGAUUCUGUGAGAGAUGUCCAAAAAUUUAACUAGGUUUAAGCUAUUCUGAUUUGUUAUACCCUUGAUCUGAAAUGUCUUUGUCAUGAAAUUGCAUUAUUUGUUCCUUUAGAUAUGGUGUACUGUUUUGUUUGACAUUUCAUACCCUUUCUUUUAAAUUCUCAUUUAAGGGAUGCAACCAAGGUAUCAAAAGCUAUGCACCAUAUUCAGAUUUUAGUGAGAAUCCACAUCAAAAUAAGGACUUAUAUCCUACAGGCAUCUAAUAUUUGUUUAUAAGCACUGGUUAAAUCUUAGCAUUCAUUCCAGCAGUGAAAAUGGCAGUAUAAUUUUUACAGAUUAAUUCAUAUAGUGUAUAUUCCCCCUUUCUUUCCUGUUGCCUUUUAUGAAACAAAAAAAUAUUUUAAUUAAUUGUAGAACUGAAUUCGCAUUUAUAGUAGUAUGUCACUAAUCCAAAUAUGAAGCACCACUCUCCCAAGUUAUUAAAUGUAUAGAAUCCAUUUUAAUUUGUCUGCUUGUCUCCCAUGCAUAAAAGAUAUAAAUUGUUUUACAAUAUUGUAUUUAAUUCAUAGAACACUACAGAACAUUGCCGCUCUUUUGCUCUCAUUGGCUCAUUAAAAGACUUUUGCAAUUGGUUCCACUUCACUGAUGUCCAAAGCCCUGAAUAUUUUAUAUGUCUAUUAAAUUGCUUCUAAAGAUUAGUUUAUUGAUAAAUUGAUUUUUUUAAAUUUAUUUCCCUUUGGCUAUUUUGCUAAUUAUCAAAUCUCUGCCCUUUCUAGGUGUUUUCAAAUGUUACUGGAAUGAGUUGUUGGUUGUUGUUGGAAGGUUUAUCUUGGUUGAAUACAGUGAGCACUAUAUUUUGGAGUUCUGUUUGUCAUUUGAAAGAAGGAAACUGCUAUUCCACAUAUUAUAAUUAGAUCUGUGUUGAACUUUGGAGAGCUGUCAUAAACGUACUGAUGCAGUUGUCCCGUUUGAAAGCUGUAAGGCACUAAGCGGUUCUUGUGUAAAUGAUGGAUGGGGCUCUAAAGUUAACUAAUACAUUGCCAUCUUUUAAGUGAACCAGCUUGGAGGGCUAGGAGAAGUUCCAUAAAGAUACUUUACUAAUGUUACCCAGUAUAUCAUGAUCUUUUUUAAAUCCAGUAAAAUGCUGGCUUUAAGAUAUUUGUGCAAACAUUAUCAUUAGGAAAUAAGAUGUACCUUCCACCCUUCCACUCUGUAAAUAGAAUGUGAGCAUAAUUUUUCAUCAUUGCAAUCUUUCUAUGAAGAAAAUAAAUACCUCAGCAUUGCUUAGCAAUUACAAGCUUGCUUUGCAAACACAAAAUCUAUUCCUGAUUAAUAUGAUUGUAGAGUUAGAGAUUAGUAUGAGUUUUUGGGUGAUGUUCUGUACUUAAAAUAUUUAUGGAUUUGGUUUCUCUCUUUAAAGUUAAUCUUCAUAACUAACAAAAGAAAUUAUAUGUGAUUCUAUUUGCCAAAGCAAACACCGCCUUUUAAUCUCUAUUAAAUUGUGGCCUAAGUUUUAGUAUGCCUCAUCUCACAGUUUUUAAACUAGUUAAAAUUUAUAUCGUACAUUUUUUAAACAAUGUCAAACCGCUUAUUUUCCACUGGCCUUUUGUCAGAGAAAUCUUCAAUGCUAGGAGAGGGUUCCACAAUAUAAAAGGCAUUUUCUAAACAAUAAGUGGGGGCGGGGGGGGGAAUGUUUUAUCUGUGUUGUAUAUCGGAUAUAGUGUUUGUCAUAUUCAAUAGUUGAGCAAGUUUUUAACUUUUUAUUAUUGAUGAUAACAAACUAAACAAUUCAGUAUAGACCAAAAAUAUAUCCUGCUCCUUGCACCUGCUUAACUGAUCAAAGAAUAGUUGUGUGGAUGUGUGACUAUGGCAUUUGAUCCAGGCUUUUGAUUUGUGCUUUAGAGUAAAUGAUGCUUAAUACUUUAACUACCCUUACUUUCAUUUUUGCAUCCAGUUGGUGGAAUGAGAAUCUGUGUCAAUUUCUUUACUUAUCUCAAAAUAACAAACUGGAUUAUCAACAGGAAUUUUAAAUCUGUUUAAUUCAGGAGUUGCUUUGAAUCAUCUGGCAUGAGUUUAACUAAAAUGUUUUAAAAAAAACAUAUUAGGGGUGUGCAGUAAUCUUCAUACAUGAGAAGUUAGAAAUUCCUUGUAAUUGAAUAUCUGGUGAUUGAAGAAAUUUUGUCCUUCUAACUUAUGCAAACAUUUUGGGCUAUAAUUAAUAAUACUAAUUUUAGCUUUCCAGUCUACAAAAAAUGAAGAUUCUGGUUAGUCAUUAAAGAACCAUCUACAUUUUGGAUAUUAUAAUUUACAUUUCAACAGCAUGAAAACAGUAUUUUUGAAUGCACACCCUUAAAUAUUCACUUUCAGAAAUGGCUAGCAGUGGUUGCUUGUUUAUUCUAAAUAUUGAUAUGAAAAGUGCUAUAAACAUGUUUCAUAUCAAUAUUUAGAACUAUCAUUGAACUGGACGGUACUUCUAAGAGAUAAUAGUGUUGUCUUGCGAGAACUUUUGAGCCCUGUGAAGAAAAGGUACGAUUUUAGUAUCAUAACAUAGAGCAGGAGUUUAGUAUUGAUACUAUUGUAUAAAAUUGGUAAGUGUUUAUGUUCACUGUGCAUAUUGCAUUGAAAACCCAAGAUGAGCAUUACAUUACUCCAUACUAAAAUUGAGGUAUCAAGUAAUAACAAAUGGCUUAGUUGUCGUAUUCUGCAGAAUUGGGAUGGACAAAAAGUUUGGAGCCCAGCAGACCUCUUCAAUAAUGUUUACAAUUAAAAGCAUUUUUAAAAAUCUUUAUUCACUUUAAAAAUAAUCCAUAAAAAUGGCAAAAUGCUACUAUUUUUCUAUUUUCAAUUCUCAUUGAAAGAGGGAGAAACAAGCUGCUGGAAUAGUCUUGCCAUCCUUUUGCGUAGCUGAGAUGCAAUUCUUUUUCAGGCUGUCAUGUUUGCAUUGGAGUUGGGCAAGUUUUUCUGCAAAAUUAUACGUCAAAAGAUACUUUAUAGAUUUAUUUGCUGACUUACAAUCUAUAAUUACCAUAAAAAUAUUUCAUAAAUUGAUUAUUUCAACACUCCUCUUUCCCUCCUCCAUAAACUUGGAGAGUGUUAAUUGUUGCUGAAGAUGAUUUUGAAAAGGGAAAAUCUCUAUUCCUAUGUGAACAAACAGUGGUGUAUUUAAGUUUGAAAAUCAAUUCAUUAGCAUUGACAUUUGGGAAUUCUUUUAUCUGUGGCAUCCAGACUUUUCCAAAGCACUUUUUCUGGCUCCCAGCUUUCAAACUUAAAAAUUCUAAAUCUCUUGCUCAUCCCUAAUAAACUUUAAAAAAAAUAUUAGCCAGUUCUACAUUACCUAUAUGAAAAGCCCAAUGAAAAUGUUGCAGCUGACUCAGAUUUAAGGAAGCUUGUCUAUUUUAACUUUAUUAUGCUUUCUUUGAUAUGCCCUCUGAGGAAGAAUGUUUGAUUCAUGGCUUGAAAUGCUACAGAGGUUGCGUAAUCACAUAGUUUUAUUUUUUCUUCAGUUCGUCUGUUACUCUUUUGAGCAUAAUAGGACUUGAAACAAACAUCGCUAUUUAAUGCCUAUAUUUAAACAUUUUCUUCAGUUACAUGGGAUUACAGUUUAUAAUUGAUCAAACUUUUCAACAAAUUAUUUAUGGAUAAUCUAAUAUAGGCAUGUGUGAUGAUUUUGUGAUGAUUGCUAUCAGGAGUGGUGCCUUUAAACUCGCUGUUUCCUUUCUUCCCUCCUGUUUUCUACUUGGAAAAUCUCAAAGAAAGCAAAAUAAAAUUGUGAGCUUUAAAUUGGUAUAUACACACAGCUUCAUUAAUAGUAUUAAAAUCCAUGCUAUGAAUCAAUGAGGAUGGUAGGAAAACCAGUUUAGUUGUUCAGUGUUUAAAUAUUUAAAAUUCAUUGAAGUAGCAAUAAACUAAAUUAAUAAUUCUGAAAGUACAGAUGGUUGGAUACUUUGAGUUUUACAUACAACAUGAAAAUGACCAACAAAUAUGAAGGUAGAAUUGAUUCUCAUUUUAGUGACUGGUUAUGUAAAGAGCUCAACAGUCUUGGAAAAUGAUGUAAAGAGAAGUUUUGAUAUAUCCAUUUCAGUUAUAUCAGAGCAUUUGGAACAAAAGUAUGCACCAAGUUGUAUAGUAAAUUAAUAAAUGAAGACAAUAUGAGGAAGAAAAUGAAAUUCUUUAUCAAUUAAUAACCCUGAUUUAUAAUACCAGGCAGGUGUGUGCAGUUAACAUCAUGUGAUCUGACCAUUGGUUAUACCCAAUUUCUAAUUUACAUGAGGACAAUCAGUUAUUUUUCUGUAAUUAUCAAAGUUUGAUCUGCUACAGAAAUUAUUGGUUAAUAUUUUAAUAUUGGAUUAAUAGACCAUAAUUAUUAAAAUACAGUAGUUUAACUAUUAUUGAUGUUAAUUACCUGAGGAUAGAAAUCUUAUACAAGAUAACAUAUUAGAUAUCCACUGAUUUUUCUUUUGAGUAUUUUGGAACACACUUUUAAAAAUAUUGCUGUACAAUCCAGUCAGCAGUUAUUAAUGUUAUAAUUGCAGUUCUCUGAGAAGUUUAAGGCAUCCAAAAUCUGUAGUUUCAGUAAUUACACAAGGGAUUGUUGCAUGAUGUGUAGUAGUGGAAAAACAGAUAGUGGGGGGGAAAAGAAAAAAUAUCCUUGCUAUGGGGAUUAACAGAAGGAAAAUUGUAUCAAAUUCAAUAUUUGAAUACCAUUUUAAAUAGAGGUUCUUGUAAGUUUCACUGCCCACUUAACUGGUAUGAUUAUUUCAUUUUUUUCCUCAGUUGCCUAAAUGAUAGUGUCACCAUUUAUCCUAGGUACAGGAGCUGUUGUAUACCUCAUUUCUAACUCGUGACUGAGUAUCUCACUUUAAUGUCCCACCACACCCAUCUGAUCAUGAUUUCCUACCCUCUAUCCCUUCUCCCACUCCCUCAGAGUGGCUGAACCUGCCACUGAUUAUAGUUUUGAAAAAAAAAUCUGACAUGUAUCAGCACUAGCAUGACAAGUGAAUAACAGUCAAAAUUGACAGUGUAAGUAUAGUUGAGCAUUUUUCAAUCCCUUAACUUUGUUACCUGCCCAUUGAUAUCUAUGCACACUUCUUUCCCACUGGAAUUUUAGCUAAGCUGCUCAUGUGCUAUAAUCUAUUGUUUUCAGUCACUGUACUAUGUUCCAGGUUGUUUCCACAACAACCUAGGUAAGUCAUAGACUAACUCACAAUUCUUAGCCAUGUAAAUUGGCUAGAUAUGAAGGCUGAUCACCACUUGACACAAGUGUCCCAGAUAUGAAUAAUACCUAAUAUUCAACAAGCAAAACUCUUGAGUUUGAGACGCACAGUUUGACUUGAUCAGGUGAAAAUGGAAUAUUGAUUUAGCUUGUUAAAGUUUUCCAUUAAAGAUUUAAAUCAACCAAACAUCAAUUGUUUAAGUUUGAUCUUUGAUUAUUGAAACUUUAAAUAACAAAGUUCCUGUGUAGAUCUCCCAAGGCCCCAUGUAAAUAAAAAAAUAUAUAUAAUUUACACUUGUUUACCACAAGUGUAAUCCCAAACUUGGUGCAUUUGUGUUCAUUGGAAAUAGAAUCUGUUUCCUUUGCUUAUUCUUUACAUUUCUCAUUUUGUAAUGAUUCUUAUCCUCAGCUCUGUCCCUCAGUGUUAUUUAAUUCCAAGUAGACAACUGCACAGAAGUGUUAGUGGGCAAAUACUGGCUGUAUAUCAAAAGACUGUUCAGUUUUGACAAUCUAAUAUCAAAUCAGGUAAAGGGUGAUGCUGCCCAUUGUUUAAAAAUACCCUGAUGAACAAUGAUCAUUCUGAAUGUAAAUGUUAGUGAUGGUCUUUCCUGCCAUGCUUAGUGCUUCUGUUACAUGACAGCAACCUUACAUUGUGCUGAUAAAACCAAAGACUUUAUUAAUGAUUGUAUGAACUAAUUUUUAAUGUCUUCAGUCCUAUACUAAUCUUAUUUCUAAAGUGUGAAUUGCUUACAGUAACUAAAGAACUGCAUAAAUUAAAGACAUCAACUUCAUUCUUUCUACCAAAAGCAGUAAAGGGCUGCUGAAGGUGGAGCGCCAUGUGCUCUUUGAUUGGUGAAAAGACUGGAGACUCCUGUGGUAGGAUUGGCUCUUCUGAGGGGCAUUUAUCCAUAUGGGCUGGGUAAUCUGGAUUUAUACACAUUGAGGUGCUCUUCAGAACUGACUGUAACUAGCUGGAUGCUGCCAAUUGAUUUUGAGAAAGAAAAAUAAAGAGUAAAAAAAGAUGUAGCUUGCGUAUAAAGGUUUCAUCUCCUUUUCAUUAUUACCACUGUGCAACUAUGCAUUGUAUUCCUCAACCUUGUGCUAGAGACUCUACUUUUUUGUGUAGAGAAGGGUUUUUUAUGUUGUGAGAUUUCUUUUGAGUACUAAUUUGGGGUUGUAGGAUCAUACAAGCUCUAUCCCAAAGGAAAAUACAAAUGUUAACAUGCGCCUAAUGCAGAUACCAAAGAUUUGUUUCUUCUUUGCAACCUUAAAAUUGUGUAUUAAAUGCAAUUACCCAGCAGGCAUUAGUCUAACCUCAGUAAUUCCAAAGCUUAGAUGUAUAUUUUGGUAUAUUUCUGGGAUAAAAUUGUUUUGUUUUUCGGUUGUCAAAUCCUUGUUUGUUUCAGUGUAUUGCUCUAUAAGUCAUGGCAUGAAAUGAUAAAUUGUCUUUCUUGGUAGCUUAAGAUAUAGUAUUUUUGUAUGUUUUGGGUGUGUUUUGUGUGUGAGAACAUAACUGUUUUUCACUGCCUAGUUGUUCAUAGUUUUAAAAUUGUACAUAUUAUCCAAUUUUGGACGUCCGCAGGCUUAUAUUCUUUAGAUGUGUUAUUUAUUGGGAGGUUUUUAAAGAAGUUUUUUCAAUAGGCAGUAUUCCUUCGAUAUUAAAAUGUAUAUCUACAUAAUAUCUUUGAAAGUUAAAGCAGUUUUAACAAAAUUACAGCUUGUUCACAAAAUAAUUUGGCAUUUUUGUAUGUAAAAAGAUGUGGGACUCCUAAAAUUUCUAUUUGGAAUAAUUUAAGUUAUGGUUUAUACAUGCCUACUGUUCAUAUGUAUUAAAAAUAAAAUCCUGGUAAAUAGGGGAAUGCAUUUUGUCUGUUCCAGCAUGGUUUUGCUCCUUUUCCUUUCCAACCUUUUUGGAUUUCUACUGCCACUGAGUCUCCUUCGAAGAAGUUAUACUAUUAUUUGUUGUGUAUAUUGUUCAAUAGAUGCCAAGUAGAUAGUCCGAAUUAAUUUAUGAUUCAAUAAUUCCAAGAGACCACAUCAUUGAUAUUUACAUUCCACUGGAAUGCACCUGAUGAUUCUAUCCAAUCACAAUUGAUAUUGAUUAAAUAAAGAAUUGUUGGAAAUAAAACUAGCUGAAAAUGAUAUGUAGAUAUAUUUUUCUUACUCUUUUACAUGGAUUCAAUGUACAAAUUUGGUUAAUUACCUAAAGGAAUACUGUUGUGAAUUAGUAAAUUUAAUAAUUUGCUCAUUAUGUCUGAAUGAAGAUGUGAAACAACUCAUCAAGUGUAACAAUAUGAUUUUUAGCUGCAUUGAACUAUUCCCACAUGUGCAUGGUUGUAUUUCUUGUAUGAUAAAAUUGCAGCACAGGAAACCUGCGGACGUCCCUGUAUCCAGUGCACCUUAAUGCAGUACUGCAGUUGAGUGUGUUCACAUAUACUACACCGAAGAUUUUUUAUGUAUAAGUAUCCAUGCAUAAAUUGUCAGACCUUUACCAGUGCAAAUGUUGCAAAAAAUAGCAAAUGUAUAGAAAUAGCUUCUUACUGUUGAGGAUUUUUUAGCUUUAAAUUGUCUGCAGUCAUUCCUUAAAAAUGUCCUUGGUUUGCUUUCUUUACAUGAGUUGCCUGUAAUGCUUUUACAUUUUUUACUGGUUGUUACUACCUACUUGGUAGGGCUGGAAUAACCAGACCUGUUGAAAAUAGCCCUAAGCUUCAAUUCAUUAUGUGCAACGUAAUGCUGAAUGAAACUUCUAAAAACGGCAUUGUAUCUGGCACAAGACACAAUUCACAUAAAUACUGAACAUUUUAACAAUAAAAAUAAAAAUUACAGCUAUAAAGGUAGUUAAAAUUGGUAUUAUUUUUGAAUUACCCUUAAAUCAGUUCAGUAUGUGAAUGCCAAAUAUUUAACCAAUUAUGGUAUAAACAAAUUAUUUACCAGACUGCUUCUUUCACCAAAUUAGCCCUUUUCUGAAAUGUUAAAAAGAUAUUGAAAAUAAUAUGCAAACAUUACAAUUCAUGAUUGUCAAAUAUUGCAAGAUCAAUUUUUCACUAAGGAUGAUUACUUUUUUGCAUUCCAGUUUUAUUGAUUUUUGUCAUUGACCAAUACAAUUUACAAGUGUCUUAUGAUAACAGAUUAAUUACUCAUACUGCAGUUGGUAUCUUUUUGGACUAGUCUGUUGGUAAUAAAGACAACUACCUGUGAUGUUCUUCUGGGUGAAAGGUGUAAAGCUUUUACACAAGCUCCAAAAAAUUAUCUUUGAUUGAAAACAUUUAGUCUUGAUGAUCUACAGUUGAUAUUUGCAACUAUUGUUACAUCUAAUUAAACUGCUGUCCUAGAUUCUAAAUAAAUGAACCAACCGUUCAUGAAUUCUUCGAAGUGUCUGAAAGUGCUGGCAGAGUACUGGCAAUUUAAACUUGAUGGAUUUUAAUUGAUGCUUAUUGGAGACUCGGUUUAAUUAUUUACACUUGAUAAAUAAUUAAGUCAUUUAGGGAAGGUUAUGGAAACUGAAUGACAAUGAAUUAAUAAAAUAAUGUGCCAAGCUAAUAUUUUCUAUAACAUUUGCUUCCACCUACCAAAUUUGCUUGGUUACAGACCCCAAUUCCAAAUUUAGUUCCUUUUUUUUAAAAAAAAAAGGAUUGUAAUUAAAACAAAGGACUCUCAUUUAAAAAAAAGAUUCAUAAUAGUCAUCCUGAUAGAUUUGGCUUUAUAAAUUAUUCCAAUUUUAGCAUACUUUUGGGUAAAUAUUUAAUCUGACUUGGCAUUAACAUUCUUUGGGAAGUACAGGUCAAAUUGGAAAUGCACCUAAUUCUCAUUCGUUCAUGAUAAUCAGGAGUUCUGGUUCUUUCAGAUUCUGGAGCUGACUGCCUCAUUGAAUAUCUGAUACUAUUAUGCUAAAGUGCUUGACCCCUGCACUUCUUAUUAUUUAAGCUAGCCCACAGAUCUAACUAUAUCCCCAUUCAUUUUAAAGUAAUGCUUUAAUGAUUUUUAAAUGUAUCUCAGUAGAAAAGCAAAGUUUGUUAAAUGAUGACAAAUAAAUAUGGAUCCCAAGAAAUUUUUGGACCGCUAAUAUUUAGCAGAUCUGACGUAACACUAAUAACUAGCAAAUUAAAUUUGUUAAAGCUUUCCAAAUUAGCACAUGAGUAAUUAAAGAUUAGUUGCGAUAUAGCAUCUUUACAACUAAAUAAUUGAGCACACCAUUGUACAGGUGCAAAACUAGCAGUGAUGCCAAAUCUAAAUUAAUUUGCAAUUAUCUGUUUUGAUGGUAACCAAUUUAAAAUGACGGAUUCAAAAUGUUUGGUGGAAGCAGUUUAUAAAAUUCAAAAAAGUGCAAAUAUGAAAAAGGAAAAGUCUAGCAGCCAUUUUACUCGUUAUCUUAAUGAGUUGUAGUCAUCAAGGUCCCUACAAAUUUCUCUUUUAAAGAUUAAUUUUAAUAAGAUUCAGAAUUGUUACAUCACAAGAUGGUAUAUCUUGCAUUACUAAUACUUCAGUUUCAGUUUAUUAUCAGCAUUUGCUGGCACUUAAAUGAAUGACAUAACUUCUAUGCAGAGUAGCAGUGAGGAAAUUUAAAAUUGAUUUAGCCCUUGAAAUUAGAAAUUUGAAUGACAUUUUGGAUAGCAUAAAGUAAUUCCAGUAACAAACUAGUAUGAAUACACAGUUUAUUAUAUUGUACAUUGACACAUUGCAACGGGCAUUAUUAUGAAGCAUUGAUUUGCAUAUUGCUGUGUACUGGUACAACCAUAUUAACUUUCAAUGUACAGUAUCACUCCAGCUCAAGAUAAACUUGAGUUAAAAAGAUUAAUCUUUGGGAAAUUGUAAGGACUAAAUUGUCAGGAUAUUAAAUUUUACGCUUUGACAAAUUUAGUUAUUUGAUGUCAUUUGGUGUUUUUUUUUAUUUCUGGUGCUAAACAUUCUGUUAAGUGUUUUAGCACUUUUCAUCAGUGAAAAUCAUAAAUAUGUAACCAUGCAUUUGUAGAUCUUCUCAGUUGUGUCUUAUAAGUUGUAUACUCAUCCUCUAACUUAUUUUUAUAAUUUUAACUGGAACCACUGAAUUGAAUCUCAAUGCUAGGGGCAGGGGACACAGGGUCGAUGGUGCUUAAGUCUACUACUGAUGACUUUGGAAAAUAAUUUUACAAAGAAGGGACUUCUGAGAGAAAUUAUUCUUUAGGAGAUCUACACUGAAUAAUUGCUUAUUUAAUAUCAGUGUAAACAUUGAAGCAGUUAUUGUCUUUUGUCAGAAAAAUGAUGUUUCCUCCUACACUUAAAACUUGAGGCAUAUCAUUAAUAAAGUAUCUAUUUGUGGAAUUUAAUUAAAAUCAGUAUCUCGUGAAUGGAAAUAAAAAUAUAGUUGUUUAUGGUAAAUAGUAUUAAAAGUUGGACAAAUAACUUAGUUGGAAAU